AUGGCCUCGGCUGCUUAUACUGAUGAUUCUGGUUCCGAGGUUAUUGAUCCUCCAAAGUCUGAGGUACUGGAUGUUGCUGAACUUGUCGGCGAUCAUAUCCAGCUUACACAAAAAUCAAAUGUGGUAGCUUCUAGCAGCGUUCGCGAACUUUUGGAAUGCCCUGUCUGCUUGAGUGCCAUGUACCCUCCUAUACAUCAGUGCUCUAAUGGCCAUACAUUGUGCUCUGGAUGCAAGCCAAGGGUUCACAAUCGCUGUCCAACUUGUAGGCAUGAACUGGGUAACAUAAGAUGCCUUGCUCUUGAGAAGUGCCAAUAUAGGCCUUAUAGUUGUCCAUACGCUGGAUCUGAAUGUACAGUUGGUGGUGACAUUCCAUACUUGGUAAAUCAUUUGAAAGAUGAUCACAAAGUUGACAUGCAUAGCGGAAGCACUUUCAACCAUCGCUAUGUCAAGUCAAAUCCUCAUGAAGUUGAGAAUGCGACCUGGAUGCUUACGGUUUUCAGCUGCUUUGGCCAGUACUUCUGCCUGCAUUUCGAGGCAUUUCAGUUGGGCAUGGCACCUGUGUACAUCGCUUUCCUGAGGUUCAUGGGAGAUGAUGCGGAAGCAAAGAAGUACAGCUACAGCCUGGAGGUAGGAGGUGGUGGGCGCAAGAUGAUCUUUCAAGGGGUUCCCCGGAGCAUCCGAGACGGCCAUCGGAAGGUCAGAGAUAGCUAUGAUGGGCUAAUAAUCCAACGGAACAUGGCCUUGUUCUUCUCUGGUGGUGAGAGGAAGGAGCUUAAAUUGAGGGUCACCGGGAGGAUUUGGAAAGAAGAGUGA